CCAGCCACAAGCUGCGAGGACACGCAUCGAGGCUACGACUGUCAGGAAGGAAACUAUUCGGGGAUAUUCUGCUGUGACCCUUCAAGAUCCACAACACAACGGAUCAGAAGAACGAGCAAGAUGUCUGCUAAGGGAAUAUCCAUCGGCAUCGAUCUGGGCACCACCUACUCUUGUGUCGGGGUUUUCCAACAUGGAAAGGUGGAGAUUAUUGCCAACGACCAGGGCAACCGGACCACCCCCAGCUAUGUGGCCUUCACAGACACAGAGAGACUCAUUGGCGAUGCUGCCAAGAACCAGGUCGCCAUGAAUCCCACCAACACUAUUUUUGAUGCCAAACGACUUAUUGGGAGAAAGUUUAACGACCCCAUCGUCCAGUCCGACAUGAAACUCUGGCCUUUUAAGGUGAUCGAUGAUAACAGCAAGCCCAAGGUCCAGGUGGAGUAUAAAGGCGAGACCAAGGCCUUCUACCCGGAGGAGAUCUCCUCCAUGGUGCUGGUGAAGAUGAAGGAGAUCGCUGAGGCCUACCUGGGUCAGAGGGUUUCAAACGCAGUCAUCACGGUGCCCGCCUACUUCAACGACUCCCAGAGACAGGCCACCAAGGACGCAGGGGUGAUCUCUGGCCUAAACGUCCUGAGGAUCAUCAACGAGCCCACGGCGGCAGCCAUCGCCUACGGCCUGGAUAAAGGCAGGACGGGGGAGCGCAACGUGCUCAUCUUUGACCUCGGCGGCGGCACCUUCGACGUGUCCGUCCUGACCAUCGAGGACGGCAUCUUCGAGGUGAAGGCCACGGCCGGAGACACGCACCUGGGCGGGGAGGACUUUGACAACCGCAUGGUCGCCCACUUCGUGGAGGAGUUCAGGCGGAAGCACAAGAAGGACAUCACCCAGAGCAAGCGCGCGGUGAGAAGGCUGCGCACGGCCUGCGAGCGGGCCAAGAGGACGCUGUCCUCCAGCACGCAGGCCGGCGUCGAGAUCGACUCGCUGUUCGAGGGCAUCGACUUCUACACCUCCAUCACGAGGGCGCGCUUCGAGGAGCUCAACUCGGAGCUGUUCAGGGGAACGCUGGAGCCGGUGGAGAAGGCCCUGCAGGACGCCAAGCUGGACAAGUCCAAGGUCCACGAGGUGGUCCUGGUCGGCGGCUCCACCAGAAUCCCCAAGAUUCAGAAGCUCCUGCAGGACUUUUUUAACGGCAGGGAGCUGAACAAGAGCAUCAACCCCGACGAAGCCGUGGCCUACGGCGCCGCGGUCCAGGCCGCCAUCCUCAUGGGCGACACGUCGCACAACGUCCAGGACCUGCUGCUGCUGGACGUGGCUCCUCUGUCCCUGGGCAUCGAGACGGCGGGCGGCGUCAUGACCCCGCUCAUCAAACGGAACACCACCAUCCCCACGAAGCAGACCCAGAUCUUCUCCACGUACUCGGACAACCAGCCGGGUGUGCUGAUCCAGGUGUACGAGGGAGAGAGAGCCAUGACCAAGGACAACAACCUGCUGGGGCGGUUUGAGCUCACGGGCAUCCCCCCCGCCCCCCGCGGAGUCCCCCAAGUGGAGGUGACCUUUGAUAUCGACGCCAACGGCAUUUUGAACGUGUCGGCUGUCGACAAAAGCACGGGCAAAGCCAACAAAAUCACCAUCACCAACGACAAGGGCCGCCUGGGAAAGGAGGAAAUCGAGCGGAUGGUGCAGGAGGCGGACAAGUACAAGGCGGACGACGAUCGGCAGAGGGAGAAGGUCGCGGCCAAGAACUCGCUGGAGUCGUACGCGUACCACGUGAAGAGCAGCGUGGAGGACGAGGGCGCCCGGGGCAAGAUCAGCGACGGCGACAGGAAACGGGUGCUGGACAGGUGCACCCAGACCAUCUCCUGGCUGGAGAACAACCAGCUGGCGGAGAAAGACGAGUACGAGCACCAGCAGAGUGAGCUGGAGAAAGUGUGCAAGCCCGUUCUCACCAAGCUGUGCCAGGGGGCGGCACCGGGGGGCACGGGAGGCAGCGCACAGGGCCCCACCAUCGAGGAGGUGGACUAAAGCCGGGAUGCGGCCUCCAUCAGGACCCAUCUGCAUCACUGAUGCUAUAUUGUGAUUUUGAUCUUCUGGUAAAUAUCAGAUCAUUUCCAAUAAAAGGAUCUUCUUUUA